AAUAAUGAACAAUGAAAUCUAGUAAGAAGAGUGCUUUAAGUCCACAGUCGAUUAAUUCUAAGAAGUGGACCCAGGAUAUGAGGUAUAAUCCCCUUAAAUUCAUGAACAUUAAUAUUAUAGCCGUAGCCAAUCAAAUAAAAAAAAUAAAAUUACUCAAAUAAAUGAUUCCGACGAUGAGAAUAUUGGUGAUUAGAUGUCUGAAAUGCAUUUGAACCCUACCCCAAAUAUUUUUAAAUAAAUCCAAAAAAAACCCAAGCCCAAAAAAGAUGGCCAUCCUAAAAAACAAUCUGUCAACUCUCAAUAUGCAGAAGAAAACGAUUACAAUUAACCAUCCUAGUUUGUGAUUGGAGAAAUUGUGUGUGGUAGAACUGAUUGA